CUUUGGCAGCUGAAGUAAACCCUGUAGGACUCAAGCUGUGCAGUUCUUGACCUGUCUGCUUGAGGUUCAACCACCAUUUCCACAGGUGAGUGCAUGCAUAAAUUAAUCCUGAACUGGGCCAUGCAGGGAUAUGUGAUAUAGCUGGAGUGAACUGUAGUUUUUAGAUUUCCUUUCAAACUGAAAUAUCUGUAGGGCAGAGAUAAGAAUUCCAGUUCUUCCUGCUGGGUAUAGGAGCACUCCGCAAAGGAGAAGAGCACUAUGCAUACAUAUUUCUUGUGUUCAAAGCCCACCGUCAUCUCCAAGACUGAGACCUGCCUCAGGAUAUGCAAACUUAAAAAGUUUGGGGACAGCAUGACCAUAGGAAUACAUCUUGAGCUCCAACUGAGGGCACAUUGCCAAGGAGUCGUGCAACAAUCUGUCUCAUGGCAAAACAAUGGAAUAGAGGCUGCAGCAGGAACAAGGAGCAGGGUCAGAGCAGUGAACAGGAAACAGACUAUUGCUUAGCAAAAUUAAAAGCAAACUUCUCUGAGUGAUGCUAGUGCAUCCACGGGGGAGUAGGAAAGCAGAGAGUUUGGAUGCCAGAAAGACUUGGAUUGGCUGGGGAACAUUCAGAAUGGUACAACUCUGUGCCCAGAACACUAUAAACACAGGAAUGAGGCAGAAGGAAUGAAACUUUGGGGCUUCUGUCUGCUUCCUGGAAGAAACGGCAACAGCAGCAGGUGGAGUCCUUGGAAGGAGAGAAGCUGCACAUCAUCUUCUCUCCUGACCUGCCCUCCAAACAGAUCUACCUCUCUGGAAGUCUCCCAAGAAAAUGUGGACUCCCUUCCUCCUAAGCUGCCUGGGCUACAUCUUGGGGAUAGUGGCACAACCGUAAGCGCCAUUUCAAGAUCUAGAGAUUGAUAGUUCAGAUACUGAGGGAGGGGCCAGAAUAGCAGGGAGAAAGCAUGGGACACUAUGAGGCAUCUCUUAGGAGAGACAGAUACGGGGUGGUAUGCAGCAUGCCACAAGCCCUGUUAUGAACAGAAUGUUCCUGAAAGUGACAGCCUUUCUUUUGGAUAUUGCUACAAGAACUGUGUAAGGAGUGCUAGUGGGAACAAGAAGAGCAAUAAUUUCUGUCUGAAGAAAACCGAAGGGAAAGGUGUAGCAUAAAAAGUAGCACAAAGAUCUAGAAUUGCAGGGCUUGGGAUGAUUAAGCAGGAAUCAGACUGCUGCCAAAGUAAUUGAGGAACAUUCUUGAAGCAAGAAAGGUGGAUUCUUUCCUACUGAGGGUCUGGAGUAUAGCUAUAAAGAGUCUUGCACUUCUGAUGUAGGGGUCAAAACAGACCCAGAGUCAUACAGAGCUUUGAGAUCAGAAUUAGACAGCUGCAGCCUUCUGAAUAAACACAGCAGAUUUGGUUUUGGAUCCCAAUCUGCAGCUUGUUCCAUCUCUCAGUCUCAUAGCACUGUUCCCUUUUCCAUGUGUACUGAGAACCCCUAAAAGGAGUUCCCUUUGUAGAGGUAGAGAUAGACUUGACUAUGUUUGUUUCCCAGUGUUACUGUAGCAUACUCCAAAAUUCCAUACACACCUCUGUAACAUGAAGUCAUCUAAAAAGUUCCUCAUGUAUUUACCUGAAAUGUACUGUAGCUGUUCCAUCGCUUCUAUGAGUGUUAUGUACUCUCAUGGCUAAUCAUUUCUCCCUCUCCCCUCAGCAGAGCAGCUGCUCCUAGAAAAGACGUAAAUCCUGCUGCUUCCUCAGGUCAUGGAUUAUUAAUGUCGAGACAGAAUGAGACUAGCUAGAUAUCUUAUUUUCCCAUUGCAGGAUGUACCUGAUCAUCCUUCCAGCUGAACUGUCCUUCCCCUCUUCCCAGAGAGUGUGCUUGGACCUCCGUGGUGUGGAGAAGAGUAUUCAUGUGGUCUUAACACUUGUACAUGGAUCUGGCAACCUCAGCCUCUACAGCAAGAUUGUCCGGAACAAUUGGAUCUUUGAGUGCUCCAGAUUUCAGGUAAGGACUGUUCCUAGCUGGGGCUUGUACACUGUCCCCAAACCUGCAGGUAGUGAAGAGGUGGGCACUGUCCAGCUGCGCAUUUCCAAUGGCCAGUAUUUCAGUGCAAGGGAAGAAAAGCAAGUCCUGAUCCGCAAGGCUGGCACUGGCACCUUAAUCCAGAUGGAAAAACCUGUCUAUAAGCCAGGACAGACAGUGAAAUUUCGGAUAGUGACACUGACUGAAGACUUUGUUCCUGUUAACAACAAGUACUCCAAGGUGGAAGUCCAGGACCCACAUCAAAAUCGCAUUGGCCAAUGGCUGGAUGUGAGACCAAAACAGGGCAUGGCAGAUCUCUCUUUCCAGUUGGCUUCUGAAGUCUCUGUGGGGACGUACACAAUCAACGUACUGGACCCAAAAGUGUCCAGCACUUUUAAGGUGGAAGAACAUGGUAAGAUGGAGUACAGAAAACAAAGAACUGAAUGUAAAAAAUGCUUAUUUUUGUCUGACACUAAGCACCCAGAAGUGGAAGAGCAUUGGUACAGUUAUGGGAAAGCAGUGAAAGGAACUGUGUGGGUGACUUUGUGCCAGAAAGCAAAGGGGUGUCCUCAAGAUAUCAGCAAAGAUAUCUGUAGAGAAUACAGCGGUCUGGUGAGUAAGAUCCUGGAAGAUAUAUGGAUAGUGGAGGACUACCACAUAGGAUCAUGUGUUAAGGGCUCCCCCAAUUAUAUCUACCUUUUCCCAUUGCAGACAGCAAGAAAGGGUUGCUUCACAUCUUCAGUAAGCACAACAGUAUUUAAUCUGGCUCCCAGUGAGGAAGACAGCAAAAUCUAUGCAGAAGCUUCUCUCCUGGAGGAAGGCACAGGAGUCCAAAUCAACACGUCCAGCCAAAUUGUCAUUUCCAGGACAGCUGCAAGUGUAGUGUUUGAGACACCAAAUGCUUACUAUAUCCCUGGAGUACCCUUCAAGGGGAAGCUUUUCUGUCUUCCCUAUUCUCACCAGAUUAAGCUUCAGGACCACUAUGGAAAUAGUAUGAAAAACAGAAAAGUUAAUCUCAUUAUAAAGUUCAUGAGGCGUCAGCUUAUUAAAACGUAUAUCACAGACAGCACUGGAAGAGCAUCAUUCAACCUGGACACAACUGCCUGGAACACCUCCUCAGUCUCCUUGGAGGGAAGGUUCACACUGGAGAAUGUCAUGCAAAAACCUUGGAAAACUAGUAUCAAUUAUAUAAAUGCCUACCAUCACCUGCAACCCUUCCAUGUCACAACCAAGAGCUUCCUGAAAAUACACCCACUCACAGGGAAACUGCCCUGUGGGCUGAAGCAGAGUGUCCAGGUGACCUUCACACUCAGUAGGGCUGAUGUGGGAGAAGACACCAACCGCAUUGAUUUUGCAUAUUAUGUGAGUAAGGUAGACAAGAACCUAGAUGGGGGAAGAUAUGUUCUCACCCUUCAGGACACUGGAAAGGCUGGCAUUGUCAACAGAGGUUGGAGAAGUGUUCAGGUGCUGGAGUUUCUCCUGAACUGCCUGAAACUGCAGCUCCAGGGCUGUGAGAGAACAGAACAGAGGGAGAUGGAGGAAGCAAUUGUACCAUCUGGGAGAGGAGAAACAGCAGAAAAAGAAUUAAUGAAGGGAGGAGGGAGUGGGAAAAACUGUGAACAGAUGGAGUACAUGGGGUUAGAAAGUGGAGGGAGAGGGCAAACAGAGCAACACUUUGGUUUUAUUUCCUCAGUGCUGAAAGGCUCUUUCUCUAUCCCACUGACCUUCACUGCUGACUUCACCCCUUCACCUUGCUUAGUGGUGUAUACUAUCUUCCCCAGUGGAGGAGUGACAGCUGAUAGCAUCCGUUUUGAUGUUGCCUUGUGCUUUCAAAACCAGGUCAAGGUAGAUUUCCCAACUAAAGAAAGCCACACAGGGUCAAUAGUGCAGCUCCAACUUGAGGCAGCCCCUGGCUCCAUGUGUGCAGUACAGGCAGUGGAUGAAAACGUGUUCCUCAUGAGACCGGAGAAUGAGCUGACAAGCCAAAAGGUGAGUGCAACUAGCCAAAAAAUAGAAGCAGGAGUGAUGUAUGAGCUAAGAGAGAUAGGCAGGGACUGUGGCAAAGGGAACUGGAGGCUAAUGGAUGAGGGGGUCUUUGUAUAUGGCUUGUUUCCUGCUAUCUACAGACAUGGAUACCCUGCCCAAGUAGAAGAGCAUUCAGAUCACUGUUUUCAGCCCCAGUUCAUGUCAUCUUGGCUCCAAGGAAAACCACAGUAUCCCUUUCCGCCUGAUAUUUUCAACCUCUUCUGGAACAUGGGUCUGAAAAUCUUCUCAAACCUUGUAAUCAAGAAGCCAACUCAGUGCACUCAGCAGGCAAAGAGGAAGCCGACCAUGGGGGUACCUUCUAUGGAAGAUCAAAGAAUUACUAAGAAACAACCCCAGUUUACAACCCAAGGAAGAUUUCCCAACUCUUUGCCUGAAACUUGGAUCUGGAAUCUCUUCUUUGUUGGCUCCAAUGGCAGCAGGAGCAUUCCAGUCAUGACACCUAAUGCUGUCACGAAGUGGAAAGUCAAGAUGUUCUGUUUGUCUGGGAGGACAUUUGGCCUUGCUCCAACCACAAGUCUCAGAACAGUCCAGCCUGUCUUUGUGGAUGUGACAUUGCCAUAUUCUGUGAUCCGAGGAGAGACUUUCAUGCUGAAGGCUACUGUCUUCAACUACCUACAGCAAUGCCUACAGAUACAUGUGGUCCUAGAUAAAUUGCUGGACUUCCAGGUGGAGGACUGCCAGACCUGCAGGGACAGAGAGUGCUUGUGUGUGGAAGAGUCCAAGACCUUCACAUGGAAUGUGACAGCAACCCAGCUGGGGACUCUGAAUAUCACAAUCAAGACUGAAGUACUGGACACAACACCACGCUGUGGGGGAAGGAAGCCCUUGCCAGCUACCAUGAGGCGGAGGCAUGCUCUGAUCAAACACUUGCUGGUUCAGCCAGAAGGUGUGCUAGUGGAGAAGUCUUACAGCUCCCUUUUGUGCCCAAGAGGAGGAGACAUGGCUGAAGAACCUAUGCUGAUUCACCUUCCUGAUAACGCAGUAAAGGGAUCUGCCAGUGCAUCAGUUUCCAUCUCAAGUAAGUCAAGUAGCUCACUGACUGCUAUUAGAGAAGAGCAAGGUCUAACUUGUGACCUCAUGGGACUGCCACUACAGAACCUGGACCGCUUGGUGCAGUUGCCCCAUGGCUGUGGAGAGCAGAAUAUGGUGCUAUUUACUCCCAUUGUCUAUGUGCUGCAGUACCUGGAGAAGACAAGGCAGCUGACCCCUGUGAUCAAGGAGAGAGCAACCGGAUUCUUGCACAAUGGCUACCAGACACAGCUUCUUUAUAGGCAUAGAGAUGGGUCCUACAGUGUCUUUGGGCAGCAGGAUGGGGAAGGGAACACUUGGCUGACAGCUUUUGUAGCCAAGAGUUUUGGCCAAGCCAAGAAAUAUAUCUAUAUAGAUGACAAGAAUAUCCAGGAUGCCCUACGCUGGCUGGAGCAAAACCAGCUCCCCAGUGGCUGCUUUGCCACCAAAGGAAAUCUCUUUCAUUCCUCUCUGAAGGGCAGCUUGGAUGAUGAAAUCUCCUUGGCAGCAUACGUUGCUGCAGCACUGUUGGAGCUGGGUCAGCCGCUGAAGGGCAAGUUGAUGCAGACUACCUUCCACUGCCUACAGCGUGCAGUUCACAACAUCACCAACACAUACACAGAAGCUGUGCUGGCCUAUGCUUUUGCCCUGGCUGGAGACUAUGAGAUAACCCAGGAGCUGCUGUACAAAUUGGAGGAACAGGCCAUCAAGUCAGGAGGACAAAUACACUGGAGUCCCAAAACAAGCUCCCCAGCUUCCACAGACUUCUGGCAUAGUACUCAGUCAGUGGACAUAGAAUUGACAGCCUACGUACUCCUGGCAUAUCUCUCCAAGCCACAACUGCAUGCAAGGGAUAUGAAAACUGCAGCUGGUAUUGUGGUGUGGCUGACCCAGCAGCAGAAUGCUUAUGGAGGCUUUGCCUCCACUCAGGACACAGUUGUUGCUCUGCAAGCCUUAGCAAAAUAUGCAGCAAGGAUGUUCAGCACAUCAGGCCAAGCACUUGUGAAGGUGAAGUCACAGAGGGAUUUUGGAAAGACAUUCCAAGUCACUCGCCAGAAACGUCUCCUUGUGCAGCAUGCAGAACUGACAGAGAUCCCAGGGCAGUUCUUGGUGCAGGUCCAAGGUAGAAGCUGUGUGUUUGCUCAGACAGUGCUGAGGUACCAUGAGCCAACUCCACAGACCUCCAUAGCCUUUAAUCUGCAUGUCAACACAGAGCUGGCCAACUGUAGCCAGGCCAAUAUGCAUGUCCUCACCGUCCACAUUCUUGCCAGACCGUCUGACUGUUUGAUGUUCUUCAGCUACACUGGCAGCAGAGGCACAUCCAACAUGGUGAUCAUGGAAGUCUCCUUGUUGUCUGGAUUUGUCCUGGCUCGAGGAUCCAGGAUGUUGCUGGAGCACAAAACCAUCAUUAAGAAAGUAGAAGUGAAAGCUGAUGUCAUCUACAUUUAUCUGGACAAGCUUAGUGAUGAGUCUCAGACUUUAAUUCUGCAACUGGAACAAAUAAUUAAGAUGAAGAAUCUGAAACCAACCAUCAUCAAAAUCUAUGAUUAUUACCAGCCAGAGGAGCAAGCCUUGGCUGUGUACAGUGCUGUCUGUAGCUGA